CACCUCCCGCGUGCCAUAUAACCCCAUCAACUGCAACUCUCCGUACUUCUCUCGACCUCACGACUUGCUACGACCAACAUGAAAAUCACAUAUCGUCUCGUUAUUCUCGCCGUCUCGCUCGGCGCCGUUCAGGCGUCCUGGUUUGGCGGGUCGCACAGCAAGAAGGAACCAGAGUACUCGUCCUGGUCUCCUUCUGAGCUAACGUCGUGGCUCGCACACCGCAACAUCCCCAUUCCAACCACCACUCCAGGGCCAUCGCUGGCCGACCUCCAGUCGUUGGUCUCCUCGAACUGGGAUAGCGCCGCCUCAGUCGCAUCCUCGUGGACAGCGGAACAAACUGGAUGGGCGGCAGACCAGGUUGGCGCCGCUCAGCAGGCGUUCCUCGACCGCUACGGCAGCCUCAAGCAAAACGCGUUCGACGCCUGGGACGAGUCGCGUCUGCGCGAAUUUCUGCUCGAACAGGGGGUCGUCAACCCGAGUGGGCCACGUGAGCAACUGGCUCUUCUCGCCAAACAGAAGUGGGCGCAGGCGAGCGCGAGCGCAUCGAGCGGCAUGAGCGAUGCUAGCCAGAGAGCGAGCAGCUUGGGCUCAAAGGCGAGCAAGAGUGUGGGCAGCGCGGCCAGCGCGGCGACGGCGGGGGUGGAGCGUGUGCUAGACGACUCGAAGGACUACGUAUACUCCACGUGGGAUGACAAUAAGCUCAGGGACUACCUGGAGAAAGAGGGCGUGCUCGAGACGAAGCAGGAAGCAACGCGGAAUCAGUUGCUGCAGUGGAUGCGGGACACGUAUGCCAAGGCCGCGAACCCAAUUUGGGAAGCAUGGAGCGAUUCGUACAUCCAUGAGUGGCUCGUCCAACAUGGCAUCAUCAAGUCUGAUGCACAGAAGAAGCGCGAUGAAUACCUUGCGCACAUGAAGCAGUACUAUUACGGCCCGCAGGAGACUGUGUUUUCGACAUGGAACGAGUCACAGAUGAAGCAGUGGCUCGUGGACCAUGGCGUCAUCAAGAGCAGCGCGCAGAUCAAUCGUGAGAAGCUUGAGAAGCUACUAGUGGACAACUAUGUCCAUGCACGGGAUACUGUCUGGAGUGCAUGGAGUGACUCUGACAUGAAGGCAUGGCUGGUUGAACGCGGCUACAUCCGAAGUGACAUGCAGAAGACGCGGGAUGAGCUGAUCAAGAUGAUGCAUGAUAAAUACAACGACUACAGUGCAAGGACUGCGCAGUAUCUACUGUGGCCUGAUGCGCGGUUGCGUGCGUACCUGCGCGAGCAUGGCAUGUCGGAGGAUGCGCUGCCAACGAGCCGACCGGGAUUGCUGCAGGAGGUGCGCAUUCGCUACGUGCAGGCGACGACGCGUUCCGAAGCGCUGUAUGAAAAGGUGCGGGAUGCCAUUAGUGGCGGCGUUGAGGCUGCGGAGGAGCAGCUGGGCAAGGUAUUGGAUAUCCUGACAGGUGGCGCAGAGAGCGUGAAGGAUAAGACUGGUGCGGGGAUGCAGGUGGGAGGUGAGAAAUUGCAAAGCGCUGGUGAGAAAGUGCAGAAGAUGGAGCUAUGA